CUCCCACAACGUUAUAUUCUAUUAUUCUUCCAACAACUUUCCCUUCAACGAGAAAUUUCUCGUUUCACCCUUUUUCUUCUCAUUUCUUAAUCACCACUCUUUCUUUUACCUCGUUUCACUCAGACAAAUCCAGUUGUCGCUGCCGAGAUCCACCCCCUGACACUAUAAACACAACACAAGUACCUUCCUUGUACUCGGUCGUGUCCAAAACACUUCUUUUGAUUGUUCAAUCAAACUGUAUCUAACACAGUAGAGCUUCUUUACGUUUUGUAACUCACCACAAGUUUUUUCAUUGUCACCAACACCCUUGUAAAUCAAGUUCGAAAAAUCCCAUAUUUUUGCUGGAUUUUUGUUUGUGACUUGUACAGAUGAAAAACAGAGCUUCUGUGAUUCUGAAGUUGAUAGCUGCAGUGAGGGCAAUGGCCAAGUCAAAAGCUUUGGCUCUGAAGUCCAGGACGAACGCCAUGAAGGCUCGGUUGGUUAUAUUCUCGCUUGUGAUGAACAAGAGGUAUGUGAUGAGCACCAUUUCUGAUAAGUUCCAAUCUCUUCUGGGGCAUCAUCAUCAUCAUUCACGUGUUAAAGAAGUUCAAGAUGUUGUUGAUAGUGUUGAGAACAAAUGCACUGUGGUGGUCGAUGACAGUGCACACAUAAGUGAGGUUGUGUCCGAUGUUGUUCCUGGUGAGACCAUUGUGGUGGUGGAGGACAAGAAUGAUUAUGAUUAUGAUGAUGGUGAAUGUGAGUGUUACAAUGACGAUGACGAUGAUGAAUAUGAAGAUGAAGAUGAUGAUGAUGGGAACAAGUACCCGGAUCUUACGCACACAAUGUUUGAGUCAGAGGAUUUGGAUAUUGGAGGAUCUGUGAUUGACAUGGUGAAGAGUUCAAAGGAAGAAGCAGGGCAAGAGUUCAAGAUGGAGGACGAAAUUGACCACAUGGCUGAGAUUUUUAUCAGGAAAUUCCGCAGGCAAAUCUUGCUGCAGAAACAAGAUUCUCUUAACAGGAACCAUGAGAUGCAUAAGGUGCUUGAAAGUUGAAACUUGUGUUCAAAUUUUUUUGUAUGUGGUAGGGGAUGAAACCUCAUCAUCUCUCCCUUUAUUAAUGUUUUAAAGAAAAUGGGAGAGAUUUUUACUCAUAAUGCUUUGUCUUUAUUACAAGAACAAGAAGUGGUUAUGUUCAAGAAGAAUAAAAUAGAAGAUGUAGGGGUUGGAAGUGCUUAUUUUACUUUUACUUGUUAUUUAUGCUUAAUGAGCUUUUUUCCAUUGAA